AUGUGUAUACCGGCCCAUCCGGAGGAGCAGCAGACCACAGUUGUGUACCCUGCAGAUUUGAUGAGGAUGGACCGUGGGCAGUCAACCAGCUACCUCACCAACACGGGACAACAUGACAGGGAGACAACUCAUGACCAUGACGUGCUCGCCACCAUUCCUCAAGCCUCCCAUGCGUCCUUCAAGAGAGGAGCUCGUGUAGCAGACCAUGAAGAGGAGGAGAAGAUCCCCGUGGACGAUCAGGUCAGCGCGGGCAGAGCCGGCGCGUUCGGCCCACGAUCCCGGGUGGGCUCGUUGGCCACCGACAUCUCGAGCAGCAACUCGUCCAUGAACUACGGCAAGUCGCCGCGGCAGGACAGGAUCGGCAGCGACAGCUUCUGGUGCGGCGCCUUCUGCAUGCACCUGCCCGGCCUGUCGUCGAGGCGGCGGCCGAUCAUGCAGCAGCAGCAGCAGCAGUCCAUGAGCCUGAGCGAGCCGGACGCCCCGGCGAGCAUGGCCGGGCCAGCGGCCGAGGCCGCCCGGAACAGCGCGGUGUCCAAGGCGGCCUCCAUGGAGAGAUUCGGGAACAACUCGUCACCCACAGCUUCCGGCGUGGUGUUCGACGGCCGCGUCGACGAAGAGGAGGUGGACGAUCAGGAAAUGUCGGCCUACUUCGACCUCCCGCUGGAACUGCUCCGGAGCAGCAGCGUCGACAUGGAGUCGCCGGUCACGGCGGCGUUCCUCUUCGACAGCAGCCGGGGCCCGGGCAGGAAGAAGAGCAUGCUGCCGGACCACCUCGACUUCAGUUUCCCGGCGCCGCCUGCUUUCUCCAGUCCACCGUCGCCACCGUCCUGA